AUGUCCACGGAAAUUGGCAACAACAACAGCAACAACACCAAGAUGGGUCAGAAUUCUGCUUUGGGGCGUAUCAUACAGGCCAUCACAGCCGCCGCGCUUGUCGGCAUUCUUGUUGUCCUCGCCCUUUUACUCAUCGAGGUCAAGAAGUUCACCAACGAAGAUCAAGGCCUCGUCGCUAGCCUGUCUUCCGAUCCACUGGGCAUAAAGAUCGUGAGCGGAUAUAAUGGGCUAGGUGUCAGCCCAAGUGCGCCCUUAUACAUGUCGGUCACGAAUAGGUCAUGA